AUGGCUACCAACAUCACCUUCCACGCCAGCGCCCUGACCCGCAGCGAGCGCACCGAGCUGCGCAACCAGCAAGGUCUCACAAUCUGGCUGACCGGACUCUCCGCCUCGGGCAAGUCCACUCUCGCCGUCGAGCUCGAGCACCAGCUCGUUCGCGACCGCGGCGUGCACGCCUACCGCCUCGACGGCGACAACAUCCGGUUCGGACUGAACAAGGACCUUGGAUUCAGCGAGGCCGACCGUAACGAGAACAUCCGUCGCAUUGCCGAGGUCGCCAAGCUGUUCGCCGACUCCAACUCCAUCGCCAUUACUUCUUUCAUCUCGCCCUACCGGAAGGAUCGUGACACUGCCCGCCAGUUGCACGAGAUUGUCACGCCCGGCGAGGAGACCGGUCUGCCUUUCGUCGAGGUCUAUGUUGAUGUCCCCGUUGAGGUCGCCGAGCAGCGUGACCCCAAGGGUUUGUACAAGAAGGCUCGCGAGGGUGUUAUUAAGGAGUUCACUGGUAUCUCGGCUCCUUAUGAGGCGCCUGCCAACCCGGAGGUUCAUGUGAAGAACUAUGAGUUGCCUGUUCAGGAUGCUGUGAAGCAGAUUAUCGAUUACCUGGACUCCAAGGGUUACUUGCCUGCCAAGAAGGAGUAA